AUGAAAGACAUAGGAGGAGGUGGUGCCAUUAUUAAUGGAAGUGAAAAUUUAAGGGUCUCUAACCCUUCAAAGUCUUCCGUUGGUCCUCCUUUGACAGCCAUAGAAAGGUUUUUGUGGGGACAACAGAGCCAUUCCUCUCGGCAACAGCCACAGAAUGGUGCAAACAAUGUCCAUGCAAGUGUUUUCGAUGGUUUUGGUGGCUCAAACUACAACGUUUUGUGGCAUAAUGGUGGUAGAGAAGUGAACUUUGUUGAACAGCUUUUAGCAAAUGAAGUGGUGGCUCUGAAUUGGACUCAACAAGUUCCUCCACUGUGCUUGAAAGAAGAUUUGCAUGUGUCAGGGAAGAACAGAAAAGGGGUGGGACGAAAACCUAAGGAAGGGUCUUCUGUACCUUGGAUCAAAGGCCAGUGGACCGAAGAAGAAGACAGGAAACUGGUGAAGUUGGUGAAGCAACAUGGUACAGGAAAAUGGUCUCAGAUUGCAGAAAAGUUGGAUGGAAGGGCUGGGAAACAGUGUAGAGAGAGAUGGCAUAAUCAUCUGCGUCCUGAUAUUAAGAAAGAUGCUUGGAGUGAAGAAGAAGAAAAGAUCUUAGUAAAAUAUCACGCCAAACUUGGAAACCGCUGGGCGGAGAUUGCAAAGCAAAUGAAAGGAAGAACUGAAAAUGCAAUAAAAAACCAUUGGAAUGCCACAAAGAGGAGACAAAACUCAAGAAGAAAGAACAAAAGAACAGGAAUCGUAAAUGGAAAGCCAUUGUCCUCUAUUCUGCAAGACUACAUCAAAAGUCUGUCUCUCAGCAACACUUCAACUACCUCUGUGGAACAAACAUUUGCUUCCCAACACUUAUCCGACAUUGCCACCAACAACAAUUUUUCACUAAUGUCUGAUUCCUAUGAUGAUGAGACAUUUUUCAUGCAACAACUUUUCGAUGAAAACAAUGCCAUCGUUGAAUCCGUUAAGCAGACAAAAACUAUCAACAACUCUUCUCCAGGCUUUGAUAGUUAUCAUCAUCAUCAUCAUCAUCAAACCAUCAACAAUAUUCAGCUUCUCACUGAACUCGCUCAAUCAGGGUCUGUUGUUCAUUCCAACCUAAACACAAACUCACACGUGUCCUUUGAUGAGAGUGUUUUCCCCCCUAAAAGAACAACUACUGCUGUCAACUACCUUGGUUUUGAUGUCUGUCUCUCUCAUUUGCAUAAUGGAACUGCUGGUUCAUCAUUUUUCUGCAAUAAUGGGAUUCAGAACCAGAACACGGAGUUGCAGUUGGGGAAGCAAGAUUGGUUAUGGGAAAGAGAGAUUGGGAUAUAG